ACUGAACACCAGACAUCUCCUCUCUACCUUCGUGGAACUUUCCGCCUUCACCGCCCUCCUCUCCACCACCGUCGCCUCGCGGAGUGCGACCUAAACUGAAAUUCCUUUUUUGCCCCUCUCGGUAACUUUGGGGGUAAAUAGGUUACCAACCGCCAGUCGUGCAGAAGGCACAGCAAGUCUUAGACUCUUUUGCUUCCUUCGUCCCUCGCUUGCAUUUCAUCAAUCACUUGCCGAGUUCGAAUCGGCAGAGCAGGGGACAGCAAUUAAAUCGAGCCCAAGUUGGUGUAAACAGAAGCCUCAUCUCAGGAAAUGCAGACUGGGGUCCCACUAAAUGAAGCAUGUAAUCUUCAAGUUCGGAAACUAGAGAUCUCCGACAAAAGCAAAGGGUUUGUAGAGCUACUGCAGCAACUAACGGUUUGCGAUGCUAUCUCCGAUGAGGAUUUCCAAAAGGAGUUCCAAGAGCUCAGCUCUCUACGCGAUGACCAUGUGAUUUGUGUGAUAGAGGAUACUAGUUGUGGAAAGAUAGUCGCUACUGGAAGUGUGUUCAUCGAGAAGAAGUUUAUAAGGAACUGCAGCAAGGUUGGCCAUAUUGAAGACGUGGUCGUCGAUCGUGAUUCUAGGAGGAUGCAGUUAGGCAAGAAGGUUCUUUCUUUUCUCACUGAUCAUGCCCGAUCUGUGGGUUGCUAUAAGGUAAUUCUUGACUGCAGAAAUGAGAAUAAAGCAUUCUAUGAGAAGUGUGGCUUCAAGCGGAAAGAAAUUCGGAUGGUCAAGUAUUUCAUCUAAGAA